UCAAUACUCUGUUUCCCCUCUUUGAAUCUCCGCAGUUUCUUUCUGCAAGAAAAAAAAAGAUAUCUUUCAAUCAUCAUGUCGAAGAUGAAAUAUGAUCGGAAGCCACCGCUUGCUGCUAAAUCGCCUAUCCGCUUACCUCCCGGCCGCUCUCUCCGAUCAAACUCCGCCUCUCUGCAAACCCCACCAGGUUCUUUAACUAAAUCCAAGAAGCCGAUCCAUACAUGGGGAGUUGAAGAAUCUCAAAUCCGUCCCGAGUACCUCUCCAUUUCUUGCGAGUUACGGGCUUUGGCUCGGAAAGUUAAAGAUGAACUCGGAAAUGAGGAAAAGGAGAAGGCUGGUUUAGGCGAUGAGACUAUUCUCAGCGCCAACAAAUCUUGUCCGGUGUUCGAGAGGGGCCGAUUGUACGACGAGUACUCGGCAAGGAGAGACGAGAGGCUAAAGAGAAAAAAAGGCGAAAAGGAAAACGAACCAAUGACAGGUCAUCAACUUGGAGUAAAAGUUGAAUCUUCAAAGAGAAGAGGGCAAUCGAAGAAGCUUGAGAGCUUGAAGAGGUCGGCAAUGGAGAUGGAGACUCCAAGGUAUCUGCUACGGAGCAUGAACACAGAGAAUAAGAAGCCUCCUCUUGCAGUGUCUGUCACUGCCACUCGGAAGAAAACAGCGGCUAGAAGAGUUGCUAAGUAAGCUCUGAAAGUUGGGAAUUUAGGCUUUUU